AUGUACGAACCCACCACCUCGUUGGAUCUUCAACGUCUGAGCAGGCAAAGCCUCCAGAAACGGUACGAAUCGGACGAAGAGGAUGUUUCCGAAUCGGAGGCUGGCGCUCAGGAUUUUGUCCCCUCGCUUACAGGUUCCCAAAGAGCCGGUCUCUUCGACUCUGAUCUAAGCGCCGAUGAGAACUCCCAUGCCGACACGGAUUCGGAUCGAGAGGAACAGCUGUUGGCCCCUUAUUCUUCAGCCAAAAGGCCCCGACCGGUGUCUAUGGAUACCGUCAAGCGAAACAGUAAUGCCAACUUUGGGGAUGAUGCCUAUGUUUUCGACCCAGAGGAGGACAUGGUUUUGGAACUGCCCUCACCAGAUAGCCCGCCGAUGGCAUCGAGCCUUUACUUGCAGCCUGCAAUUUAUGUCCGACCUAACUCACCACCGGCCAACCCAAACAUGAGGUCACGAUCUUCGUCGCCGUCAUCCCUCUUCUCUGUGGAGAGUGCUGAGAUUCAGACUGCAAAGAAGGUCACCAUGAUGGAGCCGCCUACUCGUCCUACCGUGGUCUUCAUCAACGCCAUCGGCGCACGUUCAAAGACUGCCAAAUCCAAGCCCAGCCACUCUCGAACCAGAGCAAAUCAUCGAGACCGCGGGUCGCGUUUGUUCCUUGAAAGAACCGAGAACAGCCUCAACGUACUUUGCUUGACCGAGAACCAGGCCACCACCUCUCGGUCCUCAGAGACAAAUGGGAAGCGCAAAGAGCCAGAGAACCCCAGACUCGCUACGCCGCAGGCCAUUCCGUCCAUGCAAAGUGCCACCAUUAAGCGAGUGUCUGACAUACCCGUGCUGCCCUACCUUCUCCCCUCACCCCAACUUUUACCACAUUUAAUGAACCGAUCACGACCACGCACAGCAGGCUGCGAGAAAUCUUUUUCAGCACUACCCAACCCCUCCCGCACCUGCCGACCAACAGACCCAAGCCACCGUCCACCUUCCAUCCGCACGAACAGCAACAGCAGCGUGCCAUCCUACUCACGCCCAGCCUCUCCCUUCCCAGACGAGAUUCGCCUGGGCUAUAUCCUCGAUCACAGUGAAACAGCCUCGCUACACUCCAACCACUAUACCAGCAGCCCAGUCUCUUCACCUCGCCCCCCCAGCCACUUCUCCAAGCGCAGUAUGAGCAAUAUACUAGCUCAAAAGUCACCCAUGAUGCGCCGUAUGACUCGCAAGCAUUCCGCCACGUCCAGCAUCGCCUCAUCGGCUAGUCUGUUUUCCGAAAUGGAUACCUCAGCUCCCGUCCCUGCUGCUGCAAGCCAGCUGAGCCUGACAUCCAUGAACUACGAGUCUCACAUUGUGCGAAAACCGAGUCAACGCCGUCAUGGGAGACAUAAUAGCUCUGCUUUUGGUGUACGGAGCUUCAUGGGCUUGAAACUUGGGAAGAGGUCUUUUACGAAAGCCUAA